AUGGCGGGCUCAGAGUACUCCUCCCCGGAAAUAUUUGCUGCUAGGUUAGCAGAUCCUAAUAUUGCAACUAAAUUAAAGUUGACGAUUGCAAUUAAUUUGAGGGACUCUAUUGAGGCAUAUCAAAAUGCGGACUAUAGCCAUUUUUUAAAAGUAUUGAUACCGGUCUUGAAAAAAAUACUUGAAGGUGAACCACCUGUCUUUGAUAGUAACUCCGAAGAACAAAAAUUAAGAAACCUUCUUUUAGAAGUACUUUAUCGAUUACCUCAAAAUGAUGCACUGAAAACCUACGCAGCUGAAUUAUUACAACUCUUAAUGCAUUUGUUAAGAAUAGAAAACGAGGAUAACGCUGUAAUAUGUUUAAAAAUUAUUAUUGAAUUACAUAGAAGUUAUAAAGUACUUUUAGAAGAUCAAGUCCAACCCUUCUUAGACAUAGUCAAAGAAAUGUAUGUAAAUAUGGAACAAGCAGUAAAGGAUGCCUUUGAUUCACCUGGAUCUUCUGCAACGCCUGGUGCCAGCACUCCAAUUCAACCAAUAGUGCUUGUGCCGCCAUCUUCAAGACCUACAUCUCCUGUAUCUGAUGUAACAACUAAUGAAGCAGCACCAAAUAAAGUCUUGGCAAAGAGCUUACAUAGUUUCAAAGUCUUGACAGAAUGUCCUAUAAUCGUAGUUUUACUUUUCCAAUCAUACCGUAAAUCUGUAAAUACAAACAUUCAAAAUUUUGUUCCACUCAUAAUAAAGACGUUAGGACUUCAAGCUCGCCCACAAGCAGAAGCACAGGAAGCGGCUAGAGUUAAAGGUCAAAUUUUCGUUGGAGUGGCUCCAGGAAUUAAGGACCGUGCAAAAUACACAGAGUUCAUUGUAACUCAAAUCAAAACUAUGUCAUUCUUAGCGUACGUUUUGCGAGCUUACAAAGACAAACUAAGUAAAUUUCAAGAACAGAUACCAGAUUUUGUUAUUAGACUUCUUCAAGAUUGUCCUCCUGAGGCUUCGGCAACCAGAAAGGAGUUAUUGGUUGCAACGCGACAUAUCCUUUCAACAGAAUUUCGAGACGCUUUUAUAAGUAAAAUUGAUAUACUUCUCGACGAGAAAGUAUUGGUUGGUACCGGCGUUACGCCAAUAGCAUAUAGUAUGUUAGCGGAUCUAGUUCAUCAUGUGCGGAACAAGCUUACCCCUAUACAACUUUCUAAAACAGUAUACAUGUAUUCACGUAAUCUACACGAUCCGACUUUGGCCGCCGGUAUUCAAACAAUGUGUUCAAAGUUAUUGUUAAACUUAACAGAAUGUAUUGUAAAUAUUCCUAAUCAAGACGACAAAAAUGAAGCAAGGGAUUUGUUAAUAAAAAUAUUGGAUACUUUUGCUACAAAAUUUACAACAUUAAAACUCCUUUUUAUGGAUUAUCAACGUUAUCAUCAAAAAAUGAAAAUUACCGAAUCGAAUGACGAUAUUUCAACAGAGAAACCUGCUGAUUAUUUUGAUUUUGAGCAAGCGCGACCUAUUCAUACAGCUUCACCUAGCGAAUUGCAGCAAGAUAUUAUAAGUGAGGGACGAUUUUUAUUCAGAAAUCUAGUAUCAGGUCUUAAACCUAUUAUAAUUGGAUUAAGACAAACAAACCCGCCACCGCCAGCAAAUUCUGACAUAAACCUUCAGGUGUAUAAUUUGGUUGCGCGUGGAUUUUCACAAGAACAAAUUGAUAUUUUUGUUCGUCUGUUUAGGGACGGAGUUUGUUGUUUUGAUUACUUUGUGGAAAAUUUAGAAAGUUCUCAAAUUAAACUUGCCGAAAAAUUAAUGUCAUUAGAAAGUUCGAAUAGAAUCGUACCAUUAUCAAAAUUUGAAAAAGAUGCAUUGGAACAUUUCAGUAGUGCAUUUUUCUAUAUAGAUCCUGCAAUUUUCCAAGAAAUAUUUGCAUCACAAAUGGGACUCUUUUUUGACAAAAUACUUCAAAAUCCUUCACUGUUACAGAUUCCACAAUUAUUUUUGGCGAGUGAAGUUAUUUCGCAGAAUUUUGCUGGGAUUUUAUUAAGAUAUCUUGUGGAUAGAUUGGACAUGCUAGGUAGAAAAGAUAAAUUAAAUUCUUCUAUCAUGCUUCGUCUAUUCAAAUUAGCGUUUAUGUCUGUUACUGCUUUUCCGAAUCAAAAUGAAAUGGUUCUUCAUCCACACCUUGCUAAUAUUAUCACUUCGUCAAUGAAAUUAUCGGCCAAGGCUAAAGAACCAUUCAACUAUUUCAUGUUGCUUAGGAUUCUUUUCAGAAGUAUUGGUGGAGGAAGAUUUGAAAAUUUAUAUAAAGAAGUUUUACCAUUACUACCGAUGCUUUUAGAAGGCUUGAAUACUCUUCUUUCAUUAACAAACAAGCAGCGUAUGCGUGAUUUAUUUGUUGAAUUAUGUCUCACAGUUCCCGUGCGGCUUAGUGUACUUCUGCCUUAUCUAGGCUACCUGAUGAAGCCUCUAGUCUUGGCGUUACAGGCUGGUACGGAAUUAGUUACACAAGGCCUAAGAACUUUGGAACUUUGUAUUGAUAAUUUAACAGCAGAGUUUUUAGAUCCUAUAAUGGCACCAGUUAUUAAUGAUCUGAUGCAUUCCUUAUGGAAGCAUUUAAAACCAUCACCUUAUAAUCAAUCUCAUAGUCUUUCAACGACAAGGAUAUUGGGUAAAUUAGGAGGUCGAAAUCGUCGUAUGCUCAAGGAUCCACCACAGCUUGCAACCAAUAUACCAUCAUUAAAUGGGUUAGAUAUUCAAAUUUAUUUUGAUCCUUCACCUUCGCCGCAUUCAUUUUCUUUAGAUGAAUGUUUAUUAUUGGCUAUAAGAACAUUGCAAGAUUCUAACGUUACUCCUUUUCAUAAAAAGCAUGCUUUUAAAUUUAUAUCUUCUACUAUUCCACUUUUACUAGAUGUAAAUGAAGGAAAUAAAAAUUUAGCUGAUUGUAUUACUGAAAGAAUUCAUCAAGAAUUUUUAUCAAAUGUAAUAGGAGAAGAAAAUACAGAAAAUAUUAUCACAUCACAGACAACUCAUCUUGCUGACAAUGUCAGCGAUAAUAUGGACGUUGACUUACCUAAUAAUGAAAAUUUGCCUUCUCAAUCAACAAUAGUGAAAAGAAUUAAAAAGGAAGGACACAAGCAAAUUUUGAGGAGGAAAUAUUUGCAAGAAGAUACAUUACAAAAUGUUAUUGUUUCGCUUUUUGUUGCCGCUUCUUUACCUGAGCUUAAGGAGCAAGCAUGGCCUUUCUUGCAAAAUAUUUGCAGGCACUUUGCUUUGUUGGAGGUUGGUGAAGCUAUUGAUUUUCGUCGUGCUAGAGAGAAAAAAUUUGAAUUUUAUAACUAUGAUAAAACAUAUAACUUGGAGAAUAAAGUAAUGGUGGAAGCCUUAGUAGAAGUUAUGACAUCUGAGAAUAGUGAUCUUCGCGAACUUGCAGCAUCAGCCUUGAAAAUAAUGUACGAAACGUGUAUAUUGAUCAUAGGAAAAAAGGAUGUUAUAUAUUUUUUCCCUACAUUUCAUGUUUUGGCAUCACGUUUUUGUUCAUGUUGUUAUAAACAAGAGUGGUAUCGUAAAAGUGGAGGUUGUAUGGGCAUAUCAGUUCUUAGUACAAAAGUUGAUAUGGGAACUCAAUGGAUGAUGGACCAUCAGCUUGAAUUUGUUAAAUCUUUACUCUUCAUUUUAAAAGACAUGUCAUCCGAAUUUUCUGCUGGCUAUGUAGAUAAUGCAGCGGAGAUCUUGUUACAUGUUCUAAAAGUUUGUAAUCGAAUAGAAUCUGUUGGUGGAGAUGAUAUUCAUAUGUCAGAUGUUCAUGAAUCAUCUGAUAAACAAGUAAAAUUUGACAGGCUCAUUACUCUAUUAGUCACUGAACUUUCAAACGCCAAUUCUACAGUUAGGGAAACGGUACAGUCAGCAUUUUACCUUUUAGCAGAAAUAACUAAGAAAGAUGUGACUAUCUUACUUUCUAAAGCGAGAGAUAAUUUAUUAAACCCUAUUUUUGGAAAGCCACUUCGAGCCCUUCCACCGUCAAUGCAGAUAGGACAUAUUGACGCGAUAACUUUUUGUUUAUCAUUACAACCUCCGUUUUUAGAUUUCCAUCAGAAUGAGGAACUAGUAAGGUUACUUAACGAAGCUCUUCAAUUAGCUGAUGCUGAAGACCAAAAUUUGGUUAGUAGGACAACACAAUUAAAGAAUUCAGCAUCUGCAAUAAAUUUACGGAUCGUCUGUAUUAAAUUGUUAUCUGCAGCGAUGGCACGUUCAGAAUCUUUUCCUCCAAGUACUGCUGCUAAUAUUCGAGCUCGGAUUAUAACAGUUUUUUUCAGAUCACUAUAUUCAAGAGCACCUGAAGUUGUUGAAGUAGCAAAUAAAGGACUCCAACAAGUUCUUCAACAACAACAUAAACUACCAAAAGAUUUGCUUCAAGCAGGUCUGCGACCUAUUUUAGUAAAUUUGUCCGAUCAUAAGAAAUUGACCGUUCAAGGACUUGAUGGUCUUGCUAGACUUUUAGAACUACUUACCAAUUAUUUUAAAGUAGAGAUUGGUAAAAAGUUGCUUGACCAUCUUCUUCAAUGGGCUGAGCCUAAUAUUUUACAAGAAGCUGCUGGAAAGCCAUUAAUAGAAGUUGAAUCUAUCAGAAUAAUUGUUGCUAUCUUGAAUGUGUUUCAUCUUUUACCAUCAGCUGCUCAUAUUUUUUUAAAAGAAUUGGUUCCUGUUGUUUUAAAUUUGGAAGAACAAUUACGUCGUUCAAAGUCUAGUCCUUUCAGGCUACCUCUUAUCAAAUUUUUAAAUAGAUAUUCAUCGGAAGCUAUUGAGUAUUUUUACGACAAAAUUGGGGAUAGUAAAUUUAGUAGACUAUUUGUCAAUUUGCUUGGGUCAGAAGAAGCAACUAAACUUCGACAAGAUAUAAUGGCAGACCCCGUUAAGUUAAUUACCAAAACUUCAAGUAUUCAGGAUUCAAGUAAUCCAGAAGAGGCUAAAUUUCAAAGAAUUGUCAUUAUUCGUAAAAUAGUUAAAUAUCAUCCAAAGUGGUUAAUUGAUCCUUCUUCUGAGCCAAUUUUGGAUUGUUUAAAACAAGCUUGGCAUGAUCAGGGACGUAUUGAUCGAUUAAAAAGAGAAGAUACUUUAAGUUUCUCGCAAACGCGAGAAUCAAAAUAUUUGGUAGAAAUUUUUAUUAGCUACUUAAAAGUGAAACCUGAUGAUUACAACCUUUUGUUUGAUCUGGUUACCAUAUUCUCUCAUGGAAGUGUAAUUGAUUAUACAUUCUUGAAAAAAUUUUAUCAAGAGGAAGUUGCGAUGAAAUACACUGUGGAACAAAAGAAAACCAUUCUUGACAAAUUUUUAGAUACUUUUGAUGAUCCAUUCCUUCCAGCCUGUGACAAGAAACAAUCUUUAAGAAUAAUUAUUACUCCUAUGCUUUUGUAUUCAUUCUCCAAAGGACAAGAACAUGGUCAAAUCAUUGAAACUAGACAGAUGGAUAAGAUACAGAAUUUAUGGCAUUACUUGGCUGAUACACAUGAUGAGAUUGAGGACUCGUUACGUAUUGAAGUACUUCAAUUUUCGACCCUUCUUGUACAACGAGUCCCGCAUAUUAUAACUACACGUAGUUCUCUUGCAAAAUUCGGUUGGAAUUGGUCGAAAGUUGAUGAUAUUACAGCAAAACAAGCUGCCUUUGUCUUUUUAGCUCAUAUUUGUGCUGAAUUUGAUUCUAUAAAUUUUAAAAUAAUGUUUCAAUCUUAUGGCGCAUUAUUACGCGCUCAUCAACCGGAGGCAAGAACACUGGUAAAGCAAGCUUUGGAUAUUCUUGCACCAGUUGUUCCUAAAUACAAAGUGCCAGGACCUACAAUCGAUGAGAAGAAGGAUAAAAAUAAAAAAACACCACCUCCAACUUGGAUUCAUUAUACAAAGAAAGUUCUUUUAGAGGAUGGUCACAGCGUUUCUCAAUUGGUUAAUGUAUAUCAGAUGCUUGUACGUCACCCAUGUUUGUUUUAUGAAUAUCGAGAACAUUUUAUGCCACAAAUAGCGAAUACUUUGACAAGGCUAGGAUUGCUUCAGAACGCAACUGCAGAAACUCGAACUUUGACCAUAGAUCUUUCCGAGUUGAUUUUAAAAUGGGAAAAACGUAGAAUUUCCGAAUAUCGUUCACAAGAUCAUUACAGUAAUAAUAGUUCUGCAUCAACUCCUGUUGCAACACCCGAAAAACGAAGGUAUGAAACAGAAACAGACUUUUCUCCACGAAAAAGACAAUUAAUUGAUCAUAGCGGAGAAUUACGUGGAGUUGUAUCCGACCAAAAUUCUAGAUACAUUCCAAAUCUCGGUUUGAGAGAGAAUGUCAUCAGUUAUCUUGCUAGAUUUGUGUGUACUUCUACCGAAUCUGUCACCAAGAAUGGAUUGACUCGGAAAGCUCUCGAGUUAAUCAAAGAAUUCUUAAAUACCGAAUUUUGGCCUGAAGUAAAUGUGAAAUUAAAUAUUUUUGACCGAACCCUUAAGGCAGACAUUUCGCAAAAUACUCUUGACAGUAUUUGUAAUAGUUUGGACGUUCUCGACGUUAUUUUAAGUCGAAAACCAGCUGAUUGGUGUAUCACAAAUAUUGAAUAUUUAAGAGAAUUACUCGAGCGUAGUAUUAAAAGCAAUAAUAUACGUAUCCAACGAUGUCUUCAUCCAGUACUGGUUCAAAUAUAUAAAGCGUUAGCACCGUUGUUCCCAGUUGAGCCGAUUGUUUCAUCGCCAGAGCCACAGCCCGUAAUAAAACCAGAAACAGAUGUUGAUAACUUCACUCAAGUGAUUCAAGCAACGAUACAAGAUGGACUUCAAAAUUUGGAUAAUUUAUAUAGCGUAAUGAUGUUGCUAAAAGCAGUGGGCGAUUUUACACCAAGGAAUAUCGAUAACUUCUUACCUGGAAUAAUACAAGUUGUUCAGAAACUUACAAAAGAUAUUACAACACCUGUACAUAAUAGUUCUUCUAAUGGAAGCAAUAUACAAGUAGCACAGAAGCUUGCAAAAGAUAUUACAGCACCAGUACAAAAUACUACUUCUGUGAACUCUCGGAUUUCAGAAUUAAAUGAAUCAAGACAAGCUUUCCUUACAUCUCUUUCUCAGUUGAUAGAAAAGUCAAAAUAUGUUGAACUUUCACGUUCAAUUUUUGAAAUGGUAAAAGAAUGGGUGAGCAAAAAAGCUGAACCAUAUCCAACGAUGGAGGAAAAAGGCAAAAUAUUAGUUAAGAUGCUAUGCUACGAAUCUCUGGAAGACAAAAGUUUGAUCGAAGAUUAUUUGGAUCUUGUCAUUAAAAUUUAUAGUGAUCAUUCAUUUACUAGAUCAGAAUUAACAGUAAAACUGGAAAAAGCAUUCCUUAUGGGCACACGCUAUGGAAAUCCUAAAUUGCGUAAUCGGUUCAUGGACAAAUUUGACCACAGUUUGCCCAAAAUCUUGUCAACGCGUCUUUCCUACGUGAUAUCUAUACAAAAUUGGGAAUAUCUUUCUAAUUAUUUCUGGAUUCAUCAGGCAUUGGAUAUAUUACUUGGAUCAAUUUCUUCUAAAAAAAGGAUUCAGCCACCAUUACAUUGUCUACAAACUAAAGCUGUUACCGAAGUUGGUGUUCCUUAUUGUGCAUGGCAAUCACCAAACAUAAACGAUGAGUUUAGAGAAUUUAUGGACAAUCAUCAAAAUUUUUUAAGUGAUAUGAAAAAAUUGCGUGUAAGCGAUUUAUUAUCACCUUUAAAACAACUUCAUCGUUUGGAUGACAAUGUUGCUUACAAAUUUUGGGUUGACCUAUUUCCAAUAUGUUGGUCUGCUAUAUCGAAUAAAGAUAGACAAGAAUUAACCGAUAACCUAGUAUCGCUCUUGUCAAAAGAAUAUCAUUCAAAGCAAAUUGAUGAGAGACCAAAUUGCAUACAAGCCUUGUUAGAUGGUAUAUCUCGUUGUACUCACGUUAUCAAAUUACCUCCACAUUUAAUAAAAUAUCUUGGAAAAUCUCACGGCGCAUGGCACAUUUCCAUGGAAAUGCUUCAACGAACAGUUUGUGAUGGUGAUAAAGAAGAUGAGAAAUACAAGGAUAGUACUUUGGAUGCUCUAGCUGACUUAUAUUCUUCUUUAACUGAAGAUGAUAUGUAUUACGGAUUAUGGAGGCGACGUUGUAAAUUUAGUGAAACAAAUUCAGCAAUAUCUUAUGAACAAAGCGGAAACUGGGUACAAGCACAGAUAACUUACGAAAAUGCACAGAAUAAGGUUAAAUCUUCGGGUUCACAAUGCAAUGAAACCGAAUAUUUAUUAUGGGAAGAUCGUUGGAUAGUUUGUACGCAGAAGUUACAACAAUGGGACACCCUUACGGAUUUUGCAAAGCAUGAGAAUAAUAUUGAUUUGAUGAUUGAAUGUAAUUUCCGUUUAACGGAUUGGACAAUUGAAAAGGAAUUAGCAGAACAAAUUAAUAUGAUGUCGGACUCAUCUUCUUCACCUCGUCGUAAGGUCUAUGAAACAUUCAUAUCUUUAAUGAAAUCACUUCAUAAUCAUAACUCAGAAGAAUACAAGAAAUUAUCUGGUGAAGCGCAUCAAUUAACUUUGCGUAAAUGGCAUACAUUACCCAAUGUAGUGUCUCAUAGCCAUAUUUCAUUAUUACAUACUUUCCAAUUAUUGGUGGAGUUUGAUGAGGCUACUAAAAUGUUUACGACUUUAGCAAGCAUAAAUAUACAAAAUGCGGAUAAUAGAGCUAAUGAAUUAAAAUCUAUAUUACAAAGUUGGAGAGAUCGAUUGCCUAAUAUGUGGGAUGAUAUUAAUAUAUGGAGUGAUAUUGUAGCGUGGAGAAGACACGUGUUCUCUGUAAUCAAUAAAGCGUUCGCUCAAUUUCAAUUACAACCUAAUAAUAAUAAUUCGAUGGCCGCAACAAAUUACCCGUUCCGUGGUCAUCAUGAAACUGCAUGGACAAUUAAUCGUUUCGCUCAUGUAGCAAGGAAGCAUCAUCUAUCUGAUGUGUGUGUGAACUUUUUACAACACAUAUAUUCAUUACCGAAUAUUGAAAUACAAGAGGCCUUCUUAAAGUUAAGAGAACAAACUAAGUGUCAUUAUCAAAACCCUGGAGAAGUAUCAGCAGCCUUAGAUGUUAUAAAUAAUACAAAUUUGAAUUAUUUUGGCCCUCAACAAAAAGCUGAAUUUCAUACGUUACGUGGAAUGAUACUGGCGAAGUUAGGUAGAGACGCAGAAGCAGAUGAUAGUUUUUCGCGAGCUGUUCAAGUUGAUAUGCGACUUCCCAAAGCUUGGGCAGCUUGGGGAUAUUAUAAUGAUCGUAAAUUUAAAGAAGAUCCCGGCGAUACCACUUUCGCUGCUAAUGCUUUGAGUUGUUAUUUACAAGCCUCUGGUUUAUAUAAUAGUCCUAAAUCAAGGAAGUUACUUAUUCGUAUUUUAUGGCUUUUAUCUCUUGAAGAUCCCCAAAAUCAUAUAUCACAAGUAUUUGAAAUAUAUAAUAGUAAAAGUGAUGUUCCAGUAUGGUAUUGGAUAACAUUCAUACCUCAACUUAUUGUUUGUUUAAUACAUAAAGAAGCCAAACACGCUCGUACUAUUCUUAUGAAGAUUGCGAAACAAUAUCCACAGGCGUUACAUUACCAUUUGAGAACAGCAAGGGAAGAAUACAUGUUAAUUAAGAAGCAAGCUGCUAUUUCACAACAUCAGGCUCGUGCUGGACAUAUGUCGUCUCCUGUCGUUAACACACCUGCAACUCCAACCUCUGUGCCUACAUCAACGACAAAUGCUGAAGGAAUGGUACAGUCAACUCAAGUAAAUUCUAAUGUCAUGUCCAGUGGAAAUGUACAUCGAACAAUGCAAGCAACUCAAAAUCAAGCAAGCCCUGGGAACCCUAGUCCGAAUCAGAUAAGUCCGAAUCCGAUGAGCUCCCAUUCGAUUAAUUUUGGCAAUCAGUCAAAUGUUAUACCGCCACAACCGCCACAAAGCCCUGCAGUGCAAGGUGUAAAUAAUGGCAUGAAUAUACCUACAUCAUCAUCGAACGUACCUGUGCAAUCUGUGCAAAAUAUUCAUACCGUUUCUAACGUAAUGUCUCCUGCUACAAUGCCGGGUACUCCAUCGAGCGGUAUUCCUGGUCAUGUUCCUUCAACACCAACUAAAAGUCAUACUUCCGUAACACCUAAUAUUGUUUUGCAAGGACAUAUUUCUACAACACCUUCAGCAGGUAUUGAUGCUGGAAGGUCUCCCAUUAAACCAACCAUAAAACCGCCACCAUUACUUACUCCGGGCAUGCAUACGCUACAAGCCAUUAGUUCACUGAAUCCACAACAGCAAGCUUCUAAACAACCAUGGGAACACGUAGAAGAUAUCAUGUCUAUAUUGAAAACAUCAUUUCCAUUGUUGGCCCUUACAAUGGAAACUAUGGUUGAUCAAAUUCAACAACGUCUAAAACCGUCAGCGGAUGAAGAUAUUUAUAGGUUGAUUGUCGCACUUUUGAAUGAUGGUUUACAGCAAUUAAUUACACGAUUGAAUAACCCUGCUGAUGAUGGAUUCCUAACACCAAUAACGGAAGCAAAUAUAAAACGUUUUGCAGAUAAUUUGUAUCAGGGAGCAAUUAAGGUGGCGUAUGAGGAAGAUUUUAUCGCUCGAAAGCCUAACUUGGUAACUUACGUUGAAACCCUGCGUAAAUGGAGAGAUCGUUUUGAAAUUGUAUUGGAUAGUAAACCUCAAAAACAGCAUUUAGAGCAUUUCAGUACUUAUCUUGUCGAGUUUCAGCAUCAAAAGUUUGAAGAAGUUGAAAUACCCGGACAAUAUCUAUUGCUCAAGGACCAUAACAAUACAGAUCUUAUACGAAUCGACCGAUUUUUGCCAGAUGUCGAAGUUGUUAGAGUCCAUGGUUUCUGUUACCGAAGGAUUACAAUUCGAGGGCAUGAUGGAAGCCUUCAUCCAUUCGCUGUUCAAUAUCCUUCAGCUAGACACAGUCGUCGUGAAGAACGAAUGAUGCAACUUUUCAGAAUUUAUAAUGGCAUGUUAGAACGUCGAAAGGAGAGUCGCAAACGCAACCUUUCUUUCCAUCUCCCAUUAAUUGUCCCACUAGCUCCUCAAAUUAGGAUCGUGGAAGAUGAUUCUUCAUAUUGUUCACUUCAGGAUAUUUAUGAAGAUCAUUGUGACAAUACUGGAAUAACAAAAGAUGAUCCAAUUAUAUUUUAUACUAAUAAAAUGAAGGCUAACUUACCUCAUGUCGCAAUGAGACGGUAUUUGUAUGGGUUAAGAGUUGAAAUUGCUGAACAAAUUGCUACAAAAUAUAUUCCAAAUGAUACGUUAACGAAGUUUAUGUAUAAAACUAUGAAAUCGCAUGAAGACCUUUGGACAAUACGCAAACAGUUUACCACUCAAAUGGCAGCAGUUUCAUUUAUGACAUAUGUAUUGUGUGUUGGGCAACGACAUCCACAUAAGUUCAUGAUUUCGCGAAACACUGGAAAUAUUUGGACUACAGAAUUGCUUCCAUCAUUCAAUCCGAAUCAGCCCUUGUUAUUCAAUGCUGAGGCAGUUCCUUUUAGAUUUACGCGAAGUAUUCAACAUUUUAUUACAAAAAUUGGAAUUGAAGGAGUUUUUACGUCAGCUAUGAUGUCUAUUGCCCGUUGUCUGACUGAACCAGAGUUUGAUAUGGGUCAAUAUAUUGGAGUAUUCAUUCGCGACGAAUUGAUUACCUGGCAUUACAUGUGUCAGAAGUCAAUCAGUGAACAUGUACUUCGAAGUAGGGUCGCAUUAAACGUGGAACAAGUUGUUCACAAAGCAAAAUCAAUUGCUUGCUUAGAAUCUGAUCGAGAAAAGUUAGAUAAACAUGUACAACAGCAUCUAAGGAUCGUUAGUUCUUCACUUUUAGAACUUAUUGGAUCGGCUAGUAACCCACAGAAUUUAGCUGCUAUGGAG